AUGGACACUGAGCCUAAGACUCACAAUGAAUAUACUGUGGGAUGGGUUUGUGCUUUGCCAAAGGAGCAGACCGCGGCAACAGCCAUGCUGGAUCGAAGACACGCCGGGCUCCCAAAACCGCAGAAUGAUCCCAAUACUUACACCCUUGGAUCUGUUGGAAGCCACAACGUCGUCAUAGCCUGCUUGCCCAAAGGCCAAAUUGGCAAUAAUUCGGCGGCGAGUGUUGCUACCUGGAUGAUCUCGACUUUUCCAUCUAUCAAAUUUGGCUUGAUGGUGGGUAUUGGCGGCGGUGUUCCACCCAAGGUCAGACUUGGCGAUGUGGUCGUUAGCACACCCGUGGGCCAGUUUCCUGGCGUGGUACAAUGGGAUUUUGGCAAGGCGAAAGAAGGUGGAAGCUUUGAACGGACUGGGUCACUGAAUAAUCCGCCUACGUCUUUACUCACGGCCCUGACAGCUUUGGAGACGGAGCAUGAUUUAGUUGGCUCUAAGAUACCGGAGUACUUGGAGGAGUUGAGGGAGAAGUGGCCAAGACUUGUGUCAAAGUACUUGCCUUCGGAUUUACAGGAUAUGUUAUUCAAAGCAGAUUAUGAACAUUCAAGGAAGCAUGUCUUGAAGGAUCUCGAUGAUACGUCCGACGUUGACGAUAUUGAUGAGGAGGAAGAGGAAGAGAGCUGCCGACUUUGCGAUAAAACAAAGGUUGUGAAGAGAAGGCCGAGAGACAUGUCUGUUCACUUUGGCCUGAUUGCAUCAGGAAACCAGGUUGUCAAGGACGCUACUCUCCGAACCAAACUCAACAAAGAUCUUGGUGGUCAUCUUCUUUGUAUUGAAAUGGAGGCGGCGGGACUGAUGAACAACUUCCCGUGCAUCGUCAUCCGAGGAAUCUGUGACUAUGCGGACUCACACAAAAACAAAGAUUGGCAGGAAUAUGCGGCGGCUGUUGCAGCAGCAUUUGCCAAGGAAUUUUUGGCAUUCUUGCAACCAACUGAUGUUGAGGGAGAGCGGCCAGUGAAAGAAAUACUUGGGCAGGUUUUCGACGUUGUAUCCCAGUCCGGGGAAAAUGUUAAAAGGAUAAAAGGUCAUUUGGAACAAAAGAAAGAGCUUAAGAUACUCAACUGGAUUACGCCAAUUAACUAUGGCCCUGAACAAAGCGAUUUUUUGGGAAGAAGACAACGAGGAACUGGCCAGUGGCUUCUAGAGUCGAUACAGUUUCAGACAUGGAAGGCGACGAAGAACCAGACAAUGUUUUGUCCCGGAAUGCCUGGAGCUGGCAAAACCAUCAUCAGCUCGAUUGUGAUCGACCAUCUCGACCAGGAGUUUCAAGCAGACCCAACAAUUGGCAUCGCUUAUGUGUACUGUAAUUUCAAGCGACAGGACAGUCAGAAUGGCAAAGAUUUGCUGGCAAGCUUACUGAAACAGUUAGCUGCACAAUGCCAGCCUUUCCCAGAUAGCGUCAAAGAGCUCUACGAAUACCACGAAGCCAGAAGAACACGACCGUCAACCGAGAAAGCUUCGAAAGUUCUCCUCGGAAUAGUAGCGACUUUUUCAAAAGUCUUUAUCAUUGUUGAUGCACUUGACGAAUGCCAGGCAUCUGAGCGGGAGCAUUUCCUUUCGGAGGUCUUCAACCUUCAGACGCAGCAGAGCGUGAAUAUCUUUGCGACAUCGCGAUUUAUAUCAAACAUUAUGGAUCAAUUUCAAGACGCAUUAUCGUUAGAGAUCCGUGCCACUGAUGAAGAUGUGGGCAUGUACCUGGAAAAACAUAUGGGAAACCUACGGCCUAUUGUUCGGGAGAAUCGCCAACUGCAAGAGGAGAUUAGAACUUCAAUCUUACAUGCAGUUGACGGGAUGUUUCUGUUGGCACAACUCUAUAUCGGUUUUCUCAACGACAAACUGACCACGAAUGAUAUCCGGGAGUCAUUGAAAAGCUUUCAGAGGCAAAAUCAAGGAUCGAGUGAAAAUGAGAAGACUGAGAUAUUGAGCAAUGCCUACGAUCAGGUGAUGGAGAGAAUUCAUCAACAGCGGCCAGGUUUGAAACAAUUGGCAGUGAAGGUUUUGUUUUGGUUAACCUGUGCGAAGCGGCCGCUCAGUAUAGCAGAACUUCAGUUUGCCUUGGCAAUAAAAGAAGGGAAGCUUCAUCUUGACGAAGGAGACUUGCCUCAUAUCGAUGAUAUAGUAUCAGUCUGCUUGGGAUUGGUCACUAUCGAUGAUCAAAGUAGCAUCAUACGUUUGGUGCACUAUACCACACAGGAGUACUUCGUCCAGACCCAGAAGGACUGGGUUUUCAAUGCCCACGCCGAAAUUGCCAGAGCUUGCAUCACCUGCUUAUCAUUUGACAUUUUUGAAGCCGGAAACUGCCUAACGCAUGACGAGUGGCGUGCGAGAUUUCAAACUACCGCUCUAUAUGGCUAUGCUGCUGAAAAUUGGGGAUGCCAUGUCGGAUAUCUCCCGAUUGACAACCGAUCGAUAAUUGACUUUCUCAUGAACACGUCUAAAGUAUCUGCCUGCGGCCAAGCGGAGGAAUAUAUCAAAAUGCCGUAUUUCUGGGAUCUUGAAAAGAGGAUAACAGGCUUGCACCUCUUAGCGAGGCUUGGGCUUGUGGAGUUGACAUCAAGGAUUCUUGCACUGAAAGUCGAUAUCAAUUUUCAAGACAACUUUGGCCAAACUCCACUCUCACACGCGGCCGAAAAUGGGCAUGAUAAAGUGGUGAAGCUACUGCUUGAGAAAGCAGAUGUCAACCUCCAAAAUAUACAUGGCCAGUCUCCACUCUCAUUCGCGGCCGAAAAUGGAUAUGACGCAGUGGUGAAGCUACUGCUUGAGCAGAAAGCCAAUAUCAAUAUGAACGGAAGAUUUGGCCAAAAUCCACUCUUAUUAGCGGCUGAAAAUGGACAUGACGCAGUGGUGAAGCUACUGCUUGAGCAGAAAGCCAAUAUCAAUAUGAAAGAAAGAUUUGGCCAAACUCCACUCUCAUUCGCGGCCAAAAAUGGACAUGACGCAGUGGUGAAGCUACUGCUUGAGCAGAAAGCAGACGCCGAUUCCCGAGAUAUACUUGGCCAAAAUCCACUCUUAUUAGCGGCUGAAAAUGGACAUGGCGCAGUGGUGAAGCUACUGCUUGAGCAGAAAGCAGAUUCCGAUUCCCGAGAUAUUUUUGGCAAAAUUCCACUCUCAUUCGCGGCUGAAAAUGGACACGACGCAGUGGUGAAGCUACUGCUUGGGCAGAAAGCAGAUGUAGCUAUACAAGAUUCCGGCAGACCCUAG